GGCGGCCGCGCUACGUCCCGAUCGAGUGGCCACCGUCCGCCUAUAUAUAAGACCGUGGUGCGCACCCGCAACAGCGCCACGCAGCGCGCUCUUCUCUUCGAUUUCACCACCGUCGCCGAUUCACGAACGAGUCACCAUCACCGGACAAAGGGAGCAAAACCAGACAAAGGCAUGGCGCAGUCGUUAAAGAUGCAGAUCUUCGCGAAGAUGCCGACGGGGGAAACCAUGACCCUCGAGGUCGAGAACAGCGACACCAUCGCCGACGUCAAGGCCAAGAUCCACGGCAAUGAAGGCAUCUCGCCGGACCAGCAGCGCCUUAUCUUCGCCGGGAAACAGCUUGAGGAUGGCCGAGCCCUGGCCGACUACGACAUUCACAAGGAGUCCACGCUUCACCUCCUGCUUCGCCUCAACGGCGGGAUCAUGCUGUUAUUUGCAUACCCGCCGAGCCUCAGAGCCCUCGCAGAGAAGCAAAACUCUGACAAGAUGAUCUGCUGCAAGUGCUAUGCUCGGCUACCUCUGAGAGCAACCAACUGCCGCAAAAAGAAAUGUGGCCACAGCAACAAGGUGAAACUAUUUUUAUCAUCUCAUGUCCUUUGCCUUAGUGCGAUGUUGGUAUCUACUCAAGCUUAAUAUUUUGACCUUUAUUUUCAAAAGAACUUACAACCUCCGGUCAUGAUUUUGUUUUUUGUUAGCUUGUAUUUAUAUUCUAGGGUGUACUGUGUGGUGCGUGUUGACAUGUGCCUGUUUUGAUAAAAUUUUCAAACAUGUUCUUAUAUCAAAUUCCAUUGUAACUAAUGUAUAGCAGUACCAGGUUUUUUUUAUU